AUGAAGGGUCUCGCACUUGUCGCCGCCGCCGCCGCCGCCGCCUUCACGGGACUGGCCUCCGCCGGCCCGGCCCUUUCCCUUUCUCAGCAAGAGAGGCGCGCUGAUGGUGGCAACAGUGCAGAGGAUUAUGAGGGACGUAUCGAUGCCUCCUUUGACAACGCCUGCUUGGACGUGGGCAUACCAUGGUUCUACUGCCAGGCCCGGGCCAAGGAUGGAUGCAAGGAACUACACGUGGAAGCCGUGUCCCGACUUCGGCAGGGGGGAUUCGACAAGUUCCAACUUGAGUACUUUAAAGUAGAAUUCGAAAAAUGCUUUCGGAACAGGGACCCAGCAACAGAAGCUGGCUUGUGCUGCGGCCUUGGCCUCUCGAAACAUCUCUGCCACAAAUACGCCAUGCAAUGCCGCAAAGAGAUGCAGCCUAAGCUGGACCCCAGCAGAGGCACUACACAGGACGUCGUCACGUCCAUGGUCCGGGGGUGCCUGGAGGACAUGGCCGAGGAGGAGGGACCUCUCCCGCCUGACGCAAAGCCAGGCCAGUCGCCCUCGGGGCCUGGGGCGGCCAAGCCGGCCAGGCAAGGCCACGGAGGCUACAGAUCUACGUGCGAGCAGGGUAGGAUGAAGGCCACGUAUCGGGAUGGAAUUUUCUUCUCGGAAGAUUAG